UUCAGGGCGUAACGUUAGUACAAUAUCCAUGCCCUUUACAAUGAAACCUCAUUGAGUACUAUUUCCCAACUGAAACUAGAGCAGCAUACAUGUUACUUCUACCCACUUAUCCUCUAACAUGCAGGCAGGAAAAACAGGAAGGUUCUAAAAUAAAAACUUACAUUUGCAAACAGAUGAAAAGACUUAUACUUCGAAACCCCUUGAGACUUGUCUCUGAUUAAAUUCUUUGUUUUUAAAAAUCUCACCCACUGUAUCUUGGGCUUAAUGACUGAUUCAGGUCAUUUCAAUGGCGUUGUACAUAAUUUUUUUUGUGUAAAAACUUCCUAGGUUGAUAGACUGUUGUAAAAUGAAGACCUUCAACCAUGAUCCUCCUCCCGCUGGAAUCAAUGAGAAAUUUUGACACUAAGUUCAGUAGGAGUGGGAUCACACACUUUAAUCACAAAAGUAUAUUGCUAGCAGUGAUGAAGUGCCCCAAUUUGCUGUAGUGAGUUGAGGCCUAUGCCCAUCUCUACUGCCAGUAGAGUCACCAGUCAGGGCAAUCUUUAUCUUGUGGACAGUUGCUGAAAUUUAAACAAUGCUUUUAAUAAGUUUGUAGCAGAUAGUGUUGAAAUAAAGGUCACUCAACUGAAGAAUCUAUUAACCUGUGCUUUCUGUAUAAAAUGAAUGUCUGGGUAAGCUCUUUAUUUGGUUCUUAACCCUGAUUAGAGAGGUCUGGAAGUGUUCGGUCAUAGCUAACAAGAAUGACUAGAUCCUGAACUUUGACAUUUAAGGGUCAAAACCAAAUGGCGUAUGUCUAAUCAUACUUGCUCAUUUAUUAAAGUGCCCAGUAUCUCUUUUGGGUUUCAGAGGCCGUCUGUGCUUAUUGGUUUCAAGGGAGCUGUAAAUAACAAUUUUGCACUACUCUAACUCCUUAGAUACGGAAAUGUUAAGAUGGGUGGUUCAGAAAUAUGUUUUGUUAAUUUAAAUCCACUGUCGAGGUUUAAUUUAAUUCUAAGAUCUAGUACACAGUCAUGUAACAUGAUUACUGACAUAUUUUUGAGAUAAAGUGAUAAGUAAUUUUUAAGAUCAUACAAUAAAACUUCUCAUCUAGUAACAGAAAUUUUAUAUGGCCACUACUGACCCUUUGAGGCAAGAUUAGAAAAAAGCAGCGUCUCCCAUCAUUCCACCAGAAGAAUGAAAAAAGUAAACCUUGGGCCAGCUUUACAAAGGUAUUCAGCUGCAUAAAGAUCCAGACAGGCAGCUAGUAGGAAUUUCAAAAGCACCUCCUAAGCAGGAUACAUGUUUAAGUCCUAUUGAAAAAUCUUUCAAAAUCUGGCUCCCUAGCCACACUUGGCUGUACAAAAUGAAACAAUGAGCAAUAACUGAAAACUACUGUUAUUAUCGGAGGUCAAGAUGACUUUCAGUUUUAUACUGUAUAAUUUAACCUUUUUAAUGAUGUGCCUUCUAAAGUGCUAAUGGAAACCUUUCCAAUUACUCUGCCUGAGUCCUAACAUUUUUGAAAAUAUAACACCACUCCUAGGAUCACAUAAUGCACUAUCAGAUCUUUAUAUGGGCAUCAAACAGUAUCGAUGGUUAGGGCCAACAGAUUUAUGGGACAUUUUGCAUUGAUUACUGCCCCCUGCCCAUUCUUGAUAAAAAAUACCUAUUAAAGUCUUGGGCUCAAACACAUUUAGAAAUGCAUUCUGAAAAUACCGCACUCCCUGUACCCUGUUGAAGGGAAAGGUGCACUAACAAUGGUCCUGUGAAGUUGUCCAGUAGGCCAGUCACCUUACCUAUUUCUUGAGUGUUUGUUUAAUAACACACUGCACCUCCCUGCAGCGGUUUAGCAGGUGGGAUUUUCCAAUGUUUUUUGGUGACCUAUAGACUUACCUGGAUGAUUAAUAAUCUGCUGCAAAAAUACUGUGACCAAUCUGUGUUCCACCACAUGGAAGUAGCCAAAAUUACAUUUGAUCAAAAAAUUAAUAAUUUGAGGUAUGUUUUGGGGGUAAUUUAAAUUAUAAAAACUAGGGAAUCGAUUAAUAAAAACUGAUUUUUCUCCUAAGAACUCUCUAGCCCUCUGUCUCCUUUUCCUCUUCCAUUCUGCAGUACACAUUAGGAUAAUCACUUUUCUGAUAUCUAUGCAAUGCGGCUAAGCAAAAGGGGAAAAUGGGCAGAGAACCAUCAAAAAUAUUCUACCAUCCACCAUUGUUUUGGAGCCAGUGCUUGUUUCCUUCAUAUUAUUUGAUGUAAUGUAGUAUUGUUUUCUUGUGAAUUCAGUUUCCUUUUUAUUUGUCAGAAUGGGCAAUUAAAAAUAGUCAUUUGUUGGGAUGACAGAGUUGGAAAAAGGAGUUUCUCCUGUUGGACAAAAUUUUCAUGUCCUCACUUAAUUUAACAACCUGUUGCCUUUUUUUAAUUUUGCAAAAUUGCCCAUUGUUGUGAUUGGGUGUAAGGUUUGUCUAUUUUAGGAAGAGAGGUCAUGGUUAGGUCAGGAUUACCCAACCUAUGUUAGCCUCCUACCUAACCUUGAUCUCCUUUUCCAGUUUAGACACACCCUAAUUUAUACUCAAGAUGGCUGGAAAAAAAUUGCGUUGGAAUUCUGCCUCUGUAGCAUCAGUUUUCAGAGUAACAGCCGUGUUAGUCUGUAUUCGCAAAAAGAAAAGGAGUACUUGUGGCACCUUAGAGACUAACCAAUUUAUUUGAGCAUAAGCUUUCGUGAGCUACAGCAUCCGAUGAAGUGAGCUGUACUCCUUUUCUUGUAGCAUCAGUAGGUGCUUGAGUGAGGAGUUCAAGCAAUUGAAACAUCAUUUCAUUUCAUAGGAUGUUUAUAGUACCAAUUAUGCCAAAAGCAGUUUCCUUUGAAAUAUAAGGAGUUAGAAUGAAUAUCCAAAGCUCCCCGUAGGCUGAUGGUGUCCAGUGAUGGGGUGGCUUUGGAUCGUCUGACUACCAAUGACUUACGUUAAAUCUUCUGUAUGAAGAAUGGUAAUGAGUUUGGAGUGUCCUGUAGCAGUUAUAGACAAAGACUCUUUCUGGCCCAGAUAUGUAGCUGCUUUCUAGAGCUCUGUGCUCUGGAUGUACCUGUGAAUGUGCUAGAAUUACAGGAAAACCCAAGUGUUUGUUACUGCGGGAUUAGGUGGCUGCAGAAAGUUUCUUUUACUCAGAAUAUGUGAAUUAAAGGAAGACGUUCAAAAACAAAGUACCAGUGCACCUUGCCCCAAGCGGUUAGCCAAUAUUCAGGGCCUUACUGGGAUUAGUCGUUAGGAGGAGAAAAUGAUAGUCGGGUAUUUCUAUGGUGAAUCCCUGUUUAUGAAAAAUGUACAAAGUCCUGUUAACCUGAACACAGUAUGAAUAAACAGGAGACAAUGUCCUUGUUCAGAAAUCCAACCCGCCUCUUGCUAUUCCUGUUCCCAAAAGAAGUUCUCUUGGCUUCCUGCUAGAGCCCCACUACGUUACUACAAUGCUGAUUUGGGUUUCUCCCUGCUUUGUUGUACCUUUCAUGUGCAGACACACACAGGUGCAAUCAACUCAAUGUCCUGCCCCCUGAAUUUUGCUGUCAGUCUCAGGGAAACCUCUUAGCUAGCAUGGCACAGCUUAUACUCCAGGCUUUCCAUGCUGCUCUAUGCAUUGGGUGUUGACUUCUAUUUUAGCUGUCACUAAACUAAAUAGCAUUCAACUGCUUCUCAAGUUAGGCUGAAUGAAAGGUGGCUAGCAGUCCCCCCAUCUGCAAGGAGGUCUGUGGCAUAGAUCAGAGACGCUUGCUGGCAGCAACCACCAGCCUCCAGCAUAAUAAUACAAAAUAACGGAAUAAUAAUCUAAACUGCAUUGAUAUGAGUUGGGCAGCUGUGUAAUCUACGAGGAGGUGGAGUGCUAGAAUGGUAGUCAUUCUAAAAGGAAUUGCUGCCCAAGGGCUUUUUUUUCCGAUGAAGAUGAUGGGGCUACAGGGUCAGUGGGGGAUUUCACAGCAUCUAGAAUGAGUUCUGUAGUUUGUUGUUUCGUAGUGCAUGAGAACACCCUAAAUCAAGGGGGGGGAAAGAGCUCACUUAAAGGGUUACUGAAUUUCCAAAGAGUUUGUGCUACUAACCUGGCCACGUGCAAACACCAUUUCAGGCGCAAUGGUGCGGCAGCUCCUAACCACUUGUAAAGGAAAGUGCCACAGAAGGCCCAGGAUAAAGUUCAACCCUGUGUACGGAGGCAGCAGGAGGUUUAAAUCCUGCUCAACGAAAGGAGAAAACGAAUAAGCAGGACUUGCGCUCUGAAUUUGUGCUGGGCCUCUGAAUUUCAGCAGGAUUAGCUUGAGGAAUAAGUCCAGAAAUUGUGUGCACCAAGGAAUUUUCAAACCACCCCAUGUAAGUGGGAUUUCAGCCCUAGAGGUCUGUGCCACCAUUUGCACCUGGUAUUGCCUCCACCAAGAGACCAGCCCAUAGCAACUGUCCUAUUUUGGCUCAUCAGACCAGUCGUGUUACCCAUCACAGAGACAAACACCCAGUAACAUUUGUGUCCCCACAGCGGUAACAUGCUCCCACCUCACUCUGUGUCCAGCCUCUGGCCCAGCAAGGGCAGAAAAAUGGAUGAGGGUCAUGGAUUGAGUAGAACCCUGCCAGAUCCACACAACAAGAACUACAGGGCAUGAGUUAACAGUUCCAGGUACCGCAGGGACAAGUCUUGCAAAGAUACAGGUGAGGCUCAUACUGUGAGUAAUCAGUUACAAGGGGGUCUGGAGAACCGCAUACAGACAAAAGCCAUAUAAUAGCUAUGGUGGUGGUUGUCAUUGCUGUCUUGGGAUGUCCUACAGAAAAGUGCCUGUGAGGACCAUCAAUGGACCCUUCGGGGUUGUAACACGCUGUGCCUCUUCCAUGAGCAUGGAGAAGUUUGAGAGCCACUGUCAGGAGGAUUAGUCAGGAUAGCUUCCCCCAGAGACAAGCAACACCAACAUCAGUGCAGACUGUGUGCCUUUGCAUGCUUCCCAAACUGUCCUGGGUCCUGACAACUGAAGUCCGGUUAGGUCAGGGAGCCGCACACACAGCUGCUGAGAGAAUCAACCAUAUGUAAGCUGGACAGAUCAAAGAACUGUUCUCUCUCUCCCUGCGUUGUCCUGGCUAGGGUCAGGAGGGUGAGGCUGUGCGGCAGCUGGGCACAUGGGUGCUUCCUCUGCUUGGACAGAACCACAUCUUGGGCAAAAGCACCAUGGCUUUGGUAUGUGUCCUGCUGUCAUCUUCACCCUGAUUUGGCGUUUGGGGGGGAACACACACAUCAAUAGACCCACCUGAAAUGGAACUAUGUGGCAAGCUUAUUGGGAUGGUGGUGUGACUGAGAUGUAAGGCAAGCCCCAUUACACUGAAUUGUAUCCUAUCCCCAUUUCAAUUACUGUUGUAUCUUUGUCUGCCGGUUCUGCCUUACUAGGCUCUCCAUUGAGAGGAGUGGUGGGUCAGAAUGUCGUUUUACCCUGUAAAUACCAUGUUGAUAACAAAAAUAACAUCACAACAAUGUACUUACCCAAUCAUAAGGGAAGCGACAGUUGCCUUCUGCAGUUGCUACUUUCGGUUGAAAGUUCCCCAUCAAGGUACUGUAUAUGCUUUAGUAACUCUUGGGUGAAUUUGUCCUCUGAGGCUUUGAGGACCUUGAUUAAAAUCUUCUGUGCUCAAGCAGGUUUUAACUAAGGUUUCUGAAAUACUGCUGAACAGUUUGCUUUUGAAGCUAACCCAUUUCAGGUGCAGCCAUUGCUAAUGUGGACAAGGAGAAAGGAGCAAAGGGCUAACUACAGGAAAAGGCAACCCUCAUUAGGGCUAUGAGAGAGUAUUCAGUAUGGCAAGUGUAACUGACAUCAUUUGGAAAGUGAAAAUCAUAAGUUUUUUCGGAAAUGAACAUUUUUUCUUCAAGCCCUUGGAAAGUUUAAAGAAGACUGUUCUCUGCCUCUUUUUCAGUGAUCACCAUGGCUCCUUGCUUCAUCCUGAAGAGGAUCCUAAUGGUCCUAUUUACAGGUCUCACAGUAUCAGGCUCUCCAGUGAGAGGAGUGGUGGGUCAGAACGUCACUUUGCCCUGUAAAUACCGAGUUAAUCGCCAAAGUGACAUCACAACAAUGUGCUGGGGCCAGGGCAGCUGUCCUUCUUUUCAGUGUUCUCAGCCAAUUCUCUGGACAGAUGGACGGAGGGUAACCGAGCGUCAGUCCAGCAGAUACCAGUUAGAAGGGAAUCUCGCUCAGGGGGAUGUGUCCCUGACCAUAGUGAAUGUGGCAGAAGCAGACGGAGGGGUGUACUGCUGCCGUGUGGAGAUCCCUGGUUGGUUCAAUGAUCAGCGGAAGAAUCUGGAAGUUGCAAUUGAGACAGUUGCUGCAACUCUCACCCAGGUAUCCUCUUCUGUCACACCAAGAUGGCUAUCUAUUUCUAGUUCAGAAGCCCCUCAGGCUUUUGCUGUGUCUACAUCAGUCCAUCUACUGGAGCCUGAAUCCAGGGGGACAGGGAUGUAUAUUAGAAUUGGUGUCGUUCUGUCACUUCUAGUCCUCCUAAUUUUGUCCCUGUUAAUCUUCACAUGGUAUUUGCACAAUACACAGAAGCUGGAGAAUUUGGCCAGUGUGUCGUGGGCGGAGAGCCGGUUUGGACUGGGGUGUGCAUAGCCUGAGGUGGUGAUCAGCGAGGAGGUGGUGUUUCUCACCUUACGCAGAACUCACACGGGAUGGGUCACCUGGAUGGCUGCAAAGAAUUAUUGACUUGCUUAUGACUCUUAUCAGCCUCAGCCCCUCCGAACCAUGGCUGGGACAUGAGAUGUCACACUGGGGUUCAAGACCAAGUUCAUGUAUAUAAACGAGGGGGCUUCUGUGUAGAGGGAGCCACCCAUCAACAGCAGCAAGAGGGACAAGGGAGUCUCCACCUCACCUGACCAGGCACACCUCAGACCCAAACGGAAGGAAGAGAUCAUCAUCAACGGGGUGGGGCCGUUGCAUUCAGGUGUUUAUUUUUUCUGUAGCUCUGUAAAUCUCUUUGUGCAGUC